UCAGUGAUUACCCCAAAGUGAGCCCUAACAGCCGACUAUGGUGGAGAUGUCCAUCUGCGCAGUCGUUCUCGACGAGCUCAUGAUUGACAUACUGUCUCGACUGCCGGCGAAGUCUCUAUGCCGAUUCAAGUGUGUAGCGAAGUCAUGGUUUGCUCUAAUCUCGAGCCCUCAUUUCGCCAAAACACACCUCAAUCGGAGCAACAACAACAAAUGCGAGAGACUCAUUCUCUUUUCUGGUUGUUCACUUUACUCUGUGGACUGCACUGAAGCAUCCUAUAACGAUUGUGUGACUGCAACAGAGAUUGAUUUCCCUAAGAUCGAAGACCCACACUACUUCAAGGAAAUCUUGGCUUCUUGCAACGGUUUGCUUCUAGUUUGCGAGGAAGAGGACACCAAGUUUUUGUUGAAUCCAUCAACUAGAGAGUCCAAGAAAGUACCAGAUUAUGAUUUUGGGGUCGAUCCAUCUACUUGGAGCUGCAUGUAUGGACUUGGGUACGAUUCUUCCAUGGAUGAUUACAAGGUAGUAGCAGUUUUCUAUUAUGAAGAUGAGGAAUCAUAUUGUAUAGACACAUUUGUAGUUGUCCAUUCACUCAAAACUAGUUCAUGGACGAGGAUUCAAGAUUUCCCUUAUGAUAUUUCUCUUGCCAUGCCUUCCUCAGGUGUUUUUGUAAAUGGGUCUAUACAUUGGCUCACCCACAGGUCUUCGGAUCAUUCACUUGUGAUUGCUGCUUUUGAUGUAGCAGAGGAGACAUUCCGGGAUGUUUUGCCACCUAGCUCACUUGAAGAGGAUGAAAUAACAAGUGGUGGUGGUUUGGGGCUUCUUGGAGGAUGUCUCAUGUGUCAUGUAUGGGGUGGUGCUAAGCAGGCUGAUAUUUGGGUGAUGAAAGAGUAUGGGGUGACCGAGUCUUGGACCAAAUAUACAAUCUAUAUACCCAAUAAUAUGUACCCUUUUUUCCCCAUGUGUGUGUCGGAUAAGGAAGUUCUGUUGAAAAUGGAGGGAGAUAAGGAAAUGGGUGAAGAUGUAUUUGUUAUAUACAAUGCUAAAGAACGAAGAUUGAGGUGUAUAACGGUGGAUGGCAUUCCACCGGGUAGCGUUGUCUCACCCUAUUACCAGUCAGCGGUAACCUAUGUGGAGAGCAUUGUCUCACCCUAUUUCCACUGUGGGAUUGAUAGAAAAGAGUUAUCAACUAUGACUGAUGCUAGUUUGGCUCACAACAGGUUGUUAAUGCCGCCACUGGACCAACUCAUCCUGACUGAUGAAGAGAAAAAAGUACUGAUAUUAUAGCAUCCAAGGUACAACUCAAUCAUUGAAAAACUGAAGUUCGACAAUUGGGGCCAGCCAUCAUGGGAUGUUACUAAAAGCUUAGAACAACGCCCUUUAAUCCUUGUUUCUUCCUUUUUUGAAUUAGAUGAACUAGCCAAAGAACCCAAAAACUAUAUAAUCUCUGUACAAAGGUUUGGAUUUCGUGUGCGGAUUAUCUGGAUAUCUUUUCUAUGUUUGUUAUCCAUUUGAUAUUCCUUGUUUUCUUUCAUUUCUCGAUUUAUAGAGAACUAAACUAAGAUAUCCAUAUGAUGAUAUUUUAGGAGAAUGCAUGUGUGGAUCUACAUAGGUCUCUUUUAAACUCUGUUUCAUUUGCAAAAUGUUUCUGUGGUUGUCUUUGAUCAAACAAACAAUCUUUUGGUUAUGGAAUUUUACUUAAUGGUUGGAGCAUCUUGACCCAGGACAGAACAAUUAGUGCCAAAGGCAAAAAGAUAUAAACUGGAUUCAAGUUCAAGGUCAAAGAGCAUUGAGGUUUCCAGUUUCAUCACUGAUUAUACUAUAUCAGAUUGUUUGGAUUACCCCAAGUCCAUUGGGAUUCUUGAAAGGCCUUGAAUAUUUUUGCGGAUCCAUACAAUAAAGAAAACAUUCAUCGGUAGGGUUGACAAAAGGAAAAGUUAUUGGUUAUA